CUCCAUGCAGACAUAUAAACACAAGUGAUCUUUUCGGGAGUUUUGGCACGUAGAGAAUCUCUUUCUACUUCUUUUUUUCGUUCACGGUCCUUUGCCUUAUACACUGGAAUUAAUGCAAGUGUGAUGAAACUGCAUUGCACCACAACCAUUGACCAUUUCACCAUCUUUUAAUUGUUUAUUGAUUAAAAACAACGUUAACUUCGUUUUCAUAACUUCACCGAAAAAUGGAUGGAAGCAUUACAAAUGCUAAUGAAGUGGUAUCCAAAGAGCAAUCUUGUUUGGCACAGGAUGUGAGGUCAGAAAAUGAAAGUGUGCAAACUGGGACGAGCGGUUCCAGCUCAUCAGCCUCUAGUCCAAUGCCUGUGGAAGAUCUGGGUCCCGUGUUUGAAGUCAAGGGUAUCCGUGCCACCACAGACUCCUCUGUCUUGACGUUCAGAAUCUCCAGACUCGACGAUCCCGAAAGCAGAGACUCUGGGUGGGAGGUGACCAGAAGUGCAGAGGAGUUUGAGGCCUUCAACCGGUUGAUUCUCGAUUGCCAAAAGUUUGGUGGCAUGAUAUUCCCACCAUUGCCACCACCCAUAGAGUCCAAGUACGAAGAAAGUUUUCUGGAAGCCCCCAUAAUCCAUCGGAAACAGGUUGAAAGAUACCUCCAGUUGGUUUCUUCUCACCCCAUUCUGGGGAGGUCGCAAGCCCUGGCGGAUUUCCUAUCGCCGACUUAUGUGCUGGCUGAGAAAUCAGGGCGCAAAGGCUUCUUCUCGAAAAUUGCUGAGAGCUUUUCGGGGUCUUCCCAGCCGGCCAAAGUCCCCCACCGAGACAUUGAAGAAUUCUUUCAAAACGAACGCGACUGGUCAGCCAACUACUCUGUCCAUCUGAAAACCACGUUGAACGCCGUACUGACCGUGAUCUAUUCGGAAAAGAAAAUCAUCGGACAGUUGAAGCAUCUGUGCACAGCGUUAUCGAUGAACGCCCCGAGUUGCUACCAGCAGGAAACGGGUCUCAUCCAUCACCGUCUGCAUUCCAAAAUGGCAGAUUCAUUUUUAAAUAUCCAGGAUUUGACGGAAGACGGGCUGCAGCGAGGCUUGUGUGAUUUCUAUUGCAUCUGGGACCUGUACCUGCAAUACCUGGCCAACGAGCAGCUGAUGCUCAACCGACGUACGGCUCUGCUCAUCAACUACGAGAACUGCAACCGCAACUGGGAUAAGGCCAAAGCCCACAAACGAGAUGAGGCUGAAGCGGCCAAAAAGGCGGCCGAAACGGCGUUUGAAGAGUGCUCCGACGGGGCCCGUCACGAGAUCAAGGCUUUCCAGAAGCAGAGGGUCCAGGAAAUGCGCUUGAACCUGACACAGUUGGCCAGGAGUGAAUUGGCCAGAGCGCGCCAAAUCAGAGCCGCUCUGCAACGGGCGCUGGAUCAAGCCCGGCUCUUCCCAGUUCCGGAUGACCCUCAUCUCUCUUCGCUCUACUCUUAAAAUAUAUAUAGUUUCGUCCGUGAACUAAAAAAUUAAAAAUCCAGUCGAUGGCAUUCCCGAACGAAAC